AUGAGGGGGCACUGGGCACUCUCAAGCCCCAAGAGAUCGCAAGGCUAUUGGACCUUCGGCAAUGAGAUCGCUUCGGAUGUGCUGAAGGCCUACCCAAAGAGCUAUCUCGUGGCGGCCACUCGCCUCCUCUACUCCUUCGUGGCGAUCUUCUCCUUCCCGCUGCAGAUCCACCCUUCCCGGAACUCGGCCAUCGCGCUGAUGGACCUAGUGCGGCCCUCGGCCAGUGGUUCUGCUCGCUGGGCCGCGGUCACCGUCCUGGAGCUGGCGGCCUCACUGGCGGUUGCCAUCACAGUCCUCGACCUUGGGAACAUCCUUGGCGUCGUGGGCGCGACAGGGUCGACGAUGGUUUCGUGCGCCAGCAACUCUCCAGUUGAGCCCUUAGUGAACCAGGCCUUUCCUCACUUUCACGCCAAGCGGGUGCUUGCGUUUGGCAUGCUCCUGCUGGGCCGGGCCGUGAUGCUUAGCUUGGAAGUGGCCGCCACAAGCAUCCUCGGAGGCUGCGUCAUCAUGCCGACUUGCCUGACCCUGAGACAGGUGGAUGUGGGCAACUCACUGAGAAAGAGGAGACCGCUGUCGGUGCUCUGUUUUCGUGAGUCCUUCCACAAUUUGCCGUCUUCAUUGAUGGCGUGCUGCUCGCGGCCACAAGACGGCGAAAUCGAAACGGUUCAGGCCGAGACCAUUCUUGAGACCUCCAAGAUCGAUGUGCAGCUCCCUGAAGGCGAAGCCGGUUUCCCUGACUUCAAGGAGCUUUCCAAGCAUGUGUACAGCAUGGAGGCCCAGAUGGAGAAGCAGGAGGCAGAGAUCGAGAGGCAAGGGGCCGAGAUCCAAAAGCAGGCGGACGAGAUCAAGGACCUGAAAGAAAGGUGCGAGACUGCCAUGACUCUUGCAAAGGAGGCUACGCCCUUGCUUGAGUGGGGUUGCCUGACGCCCCAACAGAAGCUCAUGGUGCAGCUGCUGGUUGUCUUAUUCUUUUCGGUCAUCGCAGUGCCGCUUCCCCUGUUGAUUCCCAUCAACGAUCCGAACGAGGGUGCGCUCAAGAACAUGACAUUCUUCUAUGGCUACAAUAUCUUCGUCAUCGUCUAUUACCUGCCUGGUCAAUACAGGCGGCUGCAGCUGCUGCUUGAGCUUCCCAGUCAGAAAAGUCUGGGUGGCGAGAUGAUGCUGAAGAGGUCCGCAACGGAGUCCAGUGCACUGAGCUACCUGCAAAAAGCAACUUAUUCAGAUUGGGCCGUCAGGGCUGUCUUCUACCUCUUGGUCAUCAUCGGCUGGUGCACUGGAUAUUUCCUGUGCGCACUUCCCUGGGGCACGGACUUGGUCUACUCGUACAACAUGCUCUACGGAGCUCCUCCAACCUUUGCCAUGGUCGACUGGAUGUUCCUGGUUGUCGCUGGUCGCAGAUUUUGGAACGUCAAGACCCUGGUGCUCGUUUUCGUGUACAACUUCCUUACAUUGGCCCCCGUGCUGGUCUUGUGCGGUGUCGUGUUCGCCAGUGCCUUCUUCAACACGCCCGUCACGGAAGUGUGCGCCGCUCUGGUGUCCUGGAUCGUAAUGGAAGCCGUUGGGUUCGUCUCGGACAAGGCGCUGAAAAUCCUCGUCCCUUGGGCGGGCUAUAGCCUUGACCACUACUAUCAGGUGGGCAACGCCUUGGUUUUCUCCUCUGUGCUCACCUUCUCCGAGGUCAUCCUAUUUCCAAGCACCAACUCUUGGUGGGCGCUGGUCGGGGUUGUGCUUGUCGACACGCUCGGCUCGAUGCUGCAGCUGCGUGUCCUAUGGAAGUGCGUCGUCACAGAUGUUCAGAAUGGGGUGGGCACCAGCCAAGAAACAAAAGAGGCUCUUUGGUCGCAAUGCGAGAUUGAUGUGGCACGCUUUUGGCCUGUGGUGGUGGCGCUGCCUCCACUCGUUUGGCUGAUGGACGACCGCAAUCCGAACCGGCAGUACUACUACCUCUUCGAAUGCACCACCUCGGAGCACAUGAACAUCACUGUCGUCUGCAUCCUUGUAAAGUUGGCCUGGACGUGUUGCCUGACGGGUCUGGACGUCUUCCUGUGCACUCAAUGGGGAAUUGGCCCCCAGCGAGCCCAGGCGAUGCUGAAGAUGUACGACAAGCACUGGGUCAUGAUGACUGCCACGUUCGCCUUGACCGGUGCCAUUUUCACAAGCUGUUGGCUGGUAAAGCACGAUGGACUAAGGCUUCUGGAAGUUCUUAGCGAGUGCUGA